ACGACACUCAACCCCUCACCUCUAGACCUCUCCUGGCCUUCUCUUUCAUUCGCAGGCGAAAGAUACCGUUCCGAAGACGCGGCAUCACGCGCUGGUAUUUUUACUGCGUCGUCGUCUCCUCCUAUUCCACCUUCGCACCGCAUCCAAGAAAGGGAGAUCAGUAGCGAGGGAGGAGGGAGAGGAAGAGGAAUUCUACGGGAUCCCCUCGCGAUCUCGCCGUUGACGCUGCCUCCUCCCCCCCCCUCCUCCUCCCGCCAUGUCUCCCCAUCGGUUGAUCCCACAGGAUUCUGAUGAUAAAAUUUUCCUCACUGGAGCUACCUCACAUGCCAAGGAAAAUGGUUUUGUAGAUGGUAUUCAUGACCAGGAUUCAGAUAAGGCUAUCCAUGAAAACAUGUAUGAGCCACCAAUUAAGGCAACCGAUGACCAUCUUGUUGAAUUUUCAGAGGCUAUGAGAACUGUUGCAAAGGCAUUAAGGCGAGCUGCUGAGGCAAAGGCUGCCGCACAAGUAGAGGCAGCCGAGUGGAAGCAUAAAUAUGAAUUGGAAAGGGCAAGCAAUCUGCGAAACAGUCAUGAAGGAGCAACAUUUGAAGGUAGUCUAUGUAACUCUGGAGAGGGAAGGCUGAACAAUUCAUGUGAUGUAACAAAAGUUGAUAAUCCUUCUAUUGAACAAAGUGAAAGAUGCUGCAGAAAGCAUGGAAUUUGUUCACAUGAAAUUCUUCAGGAUGAAGCCACAAAUACCAACUACAAAUUUGCUGGUAGGAAAGUAACCAGAAAGGCAUCAUUCAGGCUUUCAUGGGGAUGUAAUGGAUAUAACAGUGGCCAGCAAAAGCAUGAGGUUGUCUCUUUUGAAAGAGGAGACAUAACAACUGCAGAGCGCAGCAGUAAGCAGAUUUUGCUGAAAUGGGAAACACAUCCACAGACUGUGCUCAUUCUGACAAAACCAAAUUCAAACUCAGUUCGUAUUCUGUGUGCUGAGAUGGUCAGGUGGCUCAAAAACCAUAAGAAAAUUGAUGUUUUUGUUGAGCCUCGAGUAAGAACUGAACUAUCAAAAGAGGCUUCUUGCUUUGAAUUUGUCCAGACAUGGGAAAAUGAUGAGGAAAUAAAGCAUCUGCACUCAAAGGUUGAUCUAGUUGUAACACUUGGUGGUGAUGGAACAGUUCUAUGGGCAGCAUCAUUGUUUAAAGGACCUGUUCCUCCUCUCGUGCCAUUUUCCCUAGGAUCUUUGGGGUUUAUGACACCUUUUCAAAGUGAAAAUUAUCGGGAUUGUUUGGAUAUGAUACUAAAGGGACCUUUUAGUAUCACAUUGCGUCAUCGAUUACAGUGUCAUGUGAUCCGUGAAGCAGCUAAAGAUGAACUGGAUACUGAGGAGCCCAUUCUAGUUCUAAAUGAAGUAACAAUUGACCGUGGCAUGUCAUCUUACCUUACAUUUCUUGAAUGCUAUUGCGACAGCUCCUUUGUUACAUGUGUACAAGGGGAUGGAUUAAUUUUAUCGACGACUUCUGGAAGCACAGCAUAUUCAUUAGCAGCUGGAGGUUCAAUGGUUCAUCCACAGGUUCCGGGGAUACUUUUCACGCCAAUUUGCCCGCAUUCAUUGUCAUUUAGACCCUUAAUUUUUCCGGAGUAUGUGACUCUACGAGUCCAAGUACCUUUCAACAGUAGGGGACAUGCAUGGGCAUCUUUUGAUGGCAAGGGCAGGAAACAAUUAGCCCCUGGUGAUGCACUCAUCUGCAGCAUGGCGACUUGGCCUGUACCUACAGCAUGUUUGGUUGAUUCCACGAACGAUUUCCUCCGGAGCAUCCAUGAAGGCCUUCACUGGAAUUUGCGGAAGAGUCAGUCGUUCGAUGGUCCCCGUGAUGGAUAGCCCUGUUCACCAUAGAGUUGUCUUGAAGCCUAUCUCAUACCAUAUAAUCUGUAAGGCAUGGCUGUUGAAGCGAUUUUUCUGAAUGUUGUAUGCAAGAAUUAUAUCUGUAUUUGUUUAUAUUAUGAUAUUUAACAGACUUUUUACUAAACUCCUCGUAACAUAAAUCUUCUUGUAGAAAUCGAAGAUGUAAGUGACAAUAGUCUGAUGAUUAUAAGAAGCAAUAAAAUUUAAGCUGUUUGGCA